AUGAAUCCAAACGAAUAUCCACAACCAUCGGCUCCACCUCCACCAUCAUACUAUGAAUCUGUCAAUGAAAAUAGACAGCUGGAUUCUGAUCUACAUUCAACUCGAAAUGAUUCUGAAUCACGCGAUAAUUAUAUGACUAAUUUCAAUAAGUUUGUUAACCGUUAUGAAAUCAGUAGAGCUUUUGCUGAACGAUUACAUAGUCUUCGAGGUUAUGAAAUCGUCUUUAUAUGUGACGAUUCAGGUUCAAUGACUGCACCCAUUGGCGAAAUGAAUGAUCCAUUUGGGAAUCAAAUGACACGUUGGGAUGAAUUAAAGCGAACAGUAUCCAUAGUAGUUGAUUUAGCUAGUGUUUUUGAUCCUGAUGGUAUUGAUGUUUAUUUUCUCAAUCGUGAACCAAUAUUUCAUGUACGCGAUUCAUCUGAAUUAGAUAAUCUUUUUGCUGUUGCACCAGAAGCCACUGAUGGUAUACCAACGGAUGAACGAGAACGUCCCGAUAUUCAUACACUUGAACAUGUUCUCAAAAAUGAACGUAAACCUACAAAUCAGAUUCCAGUAACAAUUAUCAUUUGUACAGAUGAUAAUCAAUCUAUGAAGUAUUUACAUGAUUGGGAUAAAAUGAUGCCAAAUCUUGAUGUUGUUGCUGAUUAUCGAAAUGAAAAGAAAGAAAUUCAAAUGUGUCGUGGUAAAGAUUUUCCAUUUAGUUUCGGUGAUUAUAUUGUAAAAAUUUUGAUGGGCGGCAUAGAUACGUGGCUUGAUAAUUGCAAUGAAAAGAAAUGA